AUUUAUUGACAUAGUAGAGUAUUCGAGAAUCAUUGUGCAAUAACUUAUCGCCCGAUGUUAAUUGAAAGAUUGAUAUGUUGGUACAAUGAUUCUGCGUAUGUUUUACGAAGAAGUAUCGACAAUGGCUACAUGUAAAUCAGUGUGCGCUGUAUGCGAUCAUCGACACCAAACUUCACCGUCAUCCCACUGGUGUAAUGAGUGUGAGGAACCAUUGUGUUCUGAUUGUAGGGAACAUCACAAUGCUUUAAAGGUAACAAGAUAUCACAUAACUAUUCCUAUCUCAGAAUACCAAUUAUUACCAACUGUUGUAACCGAAAUCAAGCAGAAUUGUGUUUUUCACAAUGAGAUGUAUCAACUUUACUGUAAUAAGCAUGGAAUCCCAAUAUGUAACAAGUGCGUAAAGGAUCAUGGGAAAUGUGGGGAAAUAUUUUUACUUGGGGAGGUCGUUCGGGACAUAAAGACUUCGGAGUCCUUCAUUGACCUAGAACAGAACCUUGACGACCUAUUUGAUGAUAUCAUUCAAAUUCGUAAAGAAAGAGAGACCAAUAUAGAAAGUAUAAAAGAUCAAAAGAAGAAAAUAGCUGUACAAGUUUGUCACUUAAAAAAUCAGGUCAUCCAGCACUUAAAUAAACUGGAAGAGAAGUUCAUAAAAGAACUUGACCAAAUUGAAUUUAAUUGCUGCGACCUAACUAGUUCAAUUGUCUCUUUAUUUCAAGAUAAAGCGAAGGAAAUAAAUCAAAUGAAAUCAGAAAUCAAACACACGAAGAAAUACGCAUCAGAUCUGCAAGCAUUCCUAAGUAUGAGAGAAAUUCAAGCAAAAACCACUGAAUACGAAAAACAUCUCCAGUCUAGUAUUGAAGAUAAGAACUACGCAAAAAUAAGCAUAAAAAGUACAAUAGAUAGUAAGAUACUAGAUUUUCUGUUUGUUGAUACAAUUGGUUCCAUUACAGUCAAUAAAAGUCCGUCUGCUCAUGUUUACCUAAAAAAAAGGAAAAACAGACAAGCUCAAAUGCAAGUCAUGGUUCCCAAAGCAAUGAAAUCAAUCAACAAUAUAGAACAUAAUUUCAAACGAAAGAUUAAUACAACUGGUAAAUACGUAUGUGGUUGUUGCGUUACAAGUAAGGGUGAACAAAUUGUUACUGAUCACCAAAAUAGCAAUGAAAAAAUAAUAAAAAUUAAUACCAAAGGUAAAGUUGAAUAUACCAUCCCGUUUACUAAAAAGUACAAUGCGUUUGAUGUGGUGUGUUUAGAUGACUAUACAGUAGCUGUUUCAAGUGGAUAUUCAUUUACAAAGCCUGGUAUCAGUAUAAUUGAUUUACAUUCUAGAAAAAUGGCAAAAUUCAUUGACUUACCAAGUUAUCCAUACGGCAUUGCACAUAAUGGUUCAUCAUUGAUCUGUUGUGUAGAAGACAAAGACAUACAUGUGAUAUCUUGUAUAGACUACAAUAUAACCACAAUCCCUAACACUGUCUUGCCUGAGUUUUCAUACGUAUCAACGCAUGCUGACAAAAUUUUCUUUACCAAUCCGAAUAAAAACACAGUUUCUUGCUGCUUAUACAGCGGAACACAAGUGUGGGAGUUUAAAGACAAAAGCGUUUUAGAUUUACCAAAGGGAAUUUCCGUAGACAACAACGGGAAUGUUUUUGUUAAUGGAUGCAGUUCAAAAAAUGUAGUUGUUAUAUCUCCUGAUGGAAAACAAUGCAAAGAGAUACUGAACAGGAUCGAUGGUCUUAAUACUCCGUUGGGAAAUUUCUUUGACAAAGACAGGAAACAGCUGUUAGUGGCAAAUGCAACACAGUUUGCUAAUGUUUAUAAUAUUUCUUAUUCUUAAACGAAAUGUUUAUAUUGCAAUUCAUGUAACCUAUUUCAUUAUCUAUAUUUUGUCUAUUCAUAAAUCGUCAUCAUUCAAACAUUUCUGAUAAUGUCUAAUAAAAGUUUUAUGACAACAGAUAUUAUUGGUAAACUUCAACAGUUAAUAAUAUCUGAAUAAACGGGGUUCUCUUCUUGUACUAAUGAAUAAAAUAUCUGCCAAUAUAAUUAUGAUUGGAAAUUAAGGUAACAAUUUAUUGCUUAAAGUCAUCUGUCAUUUAUUUUAUUAGCUUUGUAAAUUUGGGGUAUGCUACAGUUAAAAUAUCAAUCGUUUGAAAGAACAAAAAACACAGAAAGGGAAGAAACAGAAGAAAACGUUGCAACCUGAAAUACAUAAAGCUUCCGUAACUCAUUUGAUACUCAAAUUGCACAAUGAGUACCAAAAGUAAUUUUAUAUAACUUGAUUUUUCAUUGCUCCACAUUUUUUUUCUUCAAAACUUCUGACCCCUUUUAUGUCAGCAAUCAAAACCUAGCUUCAAAGUUGAAAGACUUCCAAAUUUAUUUUGUGUGAAUCAGAUGUGUAUAAAGAUGUCUUUCUUUAUAUUGAUAUACAUUUUGUAGUUGGAUAAAUGUCAUAAAGACUGUAUCCCAACUUCUUUUGUUCAUUUCUAAAUAUUAAGCAAAAGCUGCAUGACAGCACACCACUUAAGUCAUUGAUCAAAAAGAGAUACACGUAAACAUAAGAGCAAUAUCAAAAUACAUUUAUAGAUGUGAUUAUGCUGUAAAAUGAAACAAGAUAUAAUAAUAAUUUAAGAAAUCAG